AGUGGUUGCUUAUUAGCGCCUAUAAUCAAAUAAUACAGUGACGGAUUGUGCGAGACUAAGUAGCAUUUAAGCGUGUUGGAAGGCAUGGUCAAAGUGUAAAGCGACCGAUUUCUUGGAUUAACCAAUGUGGCAUCGCAAUAUUGACAUUACGUCAUAAGCGCGCCAAAAAUUACCUUCUGCAAGGGAAGUAUCAGGCUAUCGUAUUAUAUUUUAUGCAAACAUAUUCACACAUGUUGAAAUGGUGGGUUGGUUUUGGUUCCUGGCAGAGUAGAAAAAUCUACGGGUAGAGAUCUUUUGCAUACGUGUCAAAGUUUUUACUCGGUUCUGGGUUCAUACAUAAUUAAACAGUGGGGCGAUAUCCCGCGGGGUGAUUCGGAAAGGAGUUAUCGGUACUCGGAGAAACAUACUUACUGUUGUAUAUUGCGACUGCCCCUCAUAUGCUAUAUUUAUACAAGAGGCAACGAUCCGAAAAAAAAUUUUUAGUCAGAGGUUCAUUCAGCAACUUGGAGACUACAACUUAAUCUUACUCACCCUUAGAUCAGAUAGAGGGAAGGAAUUAUUUUUUGGAAUAAAACAUUCUUUGAGAAUAUACUGAUCAAAAUUCUUAGAUAGAAUUUUGAUUUGAAUUUUUUGAAAUGUCAAUGUUUUCGGAUUACGCGAGUAUGACGGAUUCCAUUCGUGGCCCUGGUGGAUUGGAUAUGCUGGGAGGGGCAAUGCCCCGUCCCCCUGACCUGUCUUUGGGACACAGACCAGAAUCCUACAACCAACACACCAUCGAAGGAAUCCUUGGGACCCGCGGAAGAGAGGGACUUACAUUGGAGCGGCUGAAUAAAGAUAUGGAGAGAGAAAUCAACAAAACUAUCCACCACGGCUCAAAUGAAAAUAUUCCGUCAUCUUCAGAAAAGACGGAAUCACCCGGAAACAGCGUAAAAUCUGGACCAAAUUCCCCGGAAAAAUUCAUCAAACAAGAAACAGAGGACAAUGAAGGUGACGAUGUAAAGAAAGACGAUAUCAGUGAGGGGGACAAAAACAAGAAACGCCGGAAUCGGACGACGUUUACCAGCUUCCAGUUGGAAGAAAUGGAGAGAGUGUUUCAGAAGACCCAUUAUCCAGAUGUGUACGCUCGCGAACAGCUAGCUUUACGGUGUAAUCUUACAGAAGCCAGGGUCCAGGUAUGGUUUCAAAACCGCCGUGCCAAGUGGAGAAAGAGGGAGCGGUUUGGUCAGCUGCAGGGAAUGAGAGCGAUGACGGGCGGAUCCAACCCUUACGACUUCCAGCUCACUCCAAGACACGAUGCUUAUUCACAGCUUCAACACAACCCCUGGGCAGCAUCCCCUCAAAUUCCCUAUUCCAUGCAAAAUUCCAACUGCAUGGCAUCACAGUCCACCGUCCCAAAUUUUAUGGGAUUGGCACACCCUAGUCAUUUGUCGUCAUAUCCUGUCAGUCACCAACCUUCGAUGUCACUUCCGGUGUCACAAUCCCCACCACUCGAUCCCUGCGAAAAUUCAGAAAGAAGAAGUACUAGUAUCGCCGCUCUCAGACUUAAAGCUCAUGAACACGGAGUAGCCAUGGGCAUAUUUGGUGCGUAUGGGAAAUGACUCUAAUUAUGGAGAAAAGAUUACAAACUUUAUUAAAUUGAUGACGAGGACUUACAUUGCUACGUAAGUGUAAAUAGAUGUUGUUUGGAAUGUGCAAAAGACUUUUUUUAAAAUAUCUUUUACGAACAUACUGCUGUCUUUUCCUGUUUAUUUGUGCAGAAAUUUAUGCCACUGUGCUAUUG